AUGAUGAAUAUAAAUAGUUGUGUUAAUGGAUCUUUAGAUAAAAAUGAUGAAAAAUUCAUCUUUCCUUCUAAAUAUCUAAACAAUCUUAGGCUGUGUGAGUUUAAGGUUGGAAUGGCAUCACUUUUUCCAUAUACAGUGAUAGAAAAUAAAGAUUCACUUGAAACUUUAGAUCGUUUAGAAGAGGAAGAUAUAUUUGGAUCCGAUUUAGAAAUUAUGAAGAUAAUGGCAAAAAAAAUGAAUGUUACUCUUGAAAUGUUCUACAUCAAACGGUUUGAAGAGAAUGCUUUAUUACAAACGGAUUACAUUGAAUACAUGCUGAACGGUACCCUUGAUGCGUGUGCUGGAGGACUUUACAAUAUAUAUGGAGAUGUUGUAGCCUACUCCGGAGUAUAUAAUCGUCAAUCAGUUAUUUGGAUCUAUACUGUCGAACGAGAAACGAGAUCUUGGCAAACCUUAUUGAGAAAAACUGGUGGCCUCUAUAUAUUUCUAAUAUUUUUAGCGUCUUAUUCCAUAAUAUGGAAAUUAUUCUGUCAGUUUGAUGGCCGUGCGGUUUCAUUGAACAAUACCAUACUAUAUAGUUUCGGUGCCCUCGUUGGAACAACAUCUUUACUAGACGCGAUGUCCUUGAAACAGAAGAUUCUGAACUUAUCGUAUCUCAUACUGUGUUUGCAUCUAUCUUCUUACAUAAGUACCCAAAUGUAUUACUAUCUAACAGUGGAGAAUCCCCCACAAACAAUAAAUACAAUAGACGAACUUGCGAUAUCCGACACAAUUCCAUACUUAGUCCCAACAAAAAAAUAUUUUUUAAAUAAUGAUAAAUAUAUAGCAUUUGCAAACACAUCGCGUGAUUGCGAGGAUUUUCUAGAUUGUGAGAGAUCAGUUCUGAAAAACAGAGGGGCAACACUUAUUUUAGAUGGAUUGUUAUAUCCUUUUCAGUCAUCAACUGCCGUAAAAGAUGAAUCAAGGAUAAUGAGAGUGGACGAAGAUGUUCUAGUACUUUAUCAUGAAAUGAUUAUGAGAAAAGAUAGUUUUAUGGUAGAUAAAUUACACAAUAUUAUACUACGUCUUUUUGAAGCUGGUAUUUGUGAUAAAUUAUAUAAAGAAGCCAUCGGGGUGACUAUUGUCGAUAAAGCUAAAAUUGCAGUGAAAAAUAUUCUGUCCUAUUCUUAUAGCUGUUCUGCUGGAUGUAAAAUAACUUGGUUGCAACUGGCGGGAUCUUUUUACCUCUGGAUGAUUGGAUGUGGCCUGUCGAUUUGCUGUUUUAUUGUAGAAAUACUCACUAAGAAGCAGGUAUAAGUUUUGCUUCUCAUAUAUGGGGUUUUCCAAUAGGGACGCUUGAACUUUGACAGCUGAUUGCGGCCAUGUUGUUUGAGUGACAGCUGUCAAAUGCAGUGUGUUAUAUUCAUUCCGUCCUCCCAAACCACCAUGGCAGGUUACAGUGUCGAGCAGCACGUGCAAAUCAUAAAAUUGUUUUAUGAAAAUGGGUCUUCAGUUCGAGCAACGUUCCGCGCACUUCGCCCGUUUUACGGUCGCGAUGAUCGUCCUGCCGAGUCGACUAUCCGUCGAUUGGUGGACAAAUUCGAGUCAACCGGGUCAGUUAACAAUCAGCCGGUUCCCGUGCGUCAACGUAACGCGAGAUCUGCCGAGAAUAUCGCCGCUGUGCGCGACAGUGUCCUCGAAAACCCGCGGCAGUCAAUUCCGCGUCGCGCACAGGAACUCGGCCUUUCGCAG